AUGUCUGAGCUUGACAAACACCCCGAGCAUGAUCUCGACAAUGCUGUAGUCAGAGAAGACUCAAUUGGUGAAGAUCUCCCAGCUCCCAAGAGUGAGCUUGACAGAAUCUACCGUAAGUUGGACUUCCGUAUCAUUCCUGCCUUAUGGUGUCUUUACUUCUUGACCUCGUUUGGUUCAAGUGUCUAUGGAGUUACCUUAACCAUGAACAAGAAGCAGGGCCAUUCAUUGCCUCAAUCUCUUGGAAUGGACGACGUUAAAUCAAAGAAAACUCUUUCUACAGCCUCUGCUCUCUACUACGUUGGUUACAUCGUUUUUGAUGUUCCUAUGAACUUGAUCAUGACCAAGGUCAGUCCUCAAUCUUGGUUGGCUAGAAUUGUUAUCACUGUUGGUCUUGUCUACACUUGUUACAUUGCAUUGGAGUCAUCUCAUGCUCUUAUUGCUGUUCGUUUCAUCUCCGGUAUGGUAGGUGCUGGUACCUGGCCCGGUUUGUCGUACUACAUUUCUUUGUGGUACCCCAACGAGAGAUCAGUCCGUCGUAUUGGUUACUACUUCACUGCGGCCCAGAUCUCUGCCGCCGCCGCUGGUUUGGUCAGUGCUGGUUUCCAAAAGAUGGAUGGUGUGAGAGGCUAUUAUGGAUGGCAAUGGAUGUACUUGGUCUACGGAUGUGUCACCAUCACCUGUGGUAUCUCUUUGCUUUGGUGGCUCCCAGACCGUCCGUUCAAGACCACCAACGACUCCACAAGCAAAAUCAUGAUUUGGUACAACAAGUACUUCACUCCAAGACACCCACUCAAUUCCAGAGAAGCUGCCAUCCACAGAAAGGAUAUCGAGAGCCGUUAUACUCUUGUUCGUUGGACUUGGAAAGAUGUCGCCGGCAUCUGCAUGGACCUCAGAUUGUGGCCCUUGAUCAUCAUGUACUUCGGAGUUGUCGGAACUGGUUUCGGUUUAGCUGUUUUCGGUACUACUAUCAUCCAAGCUAACAAUCCAAAACUUACUUCGAUCAAUGUUUCGCUCUUGUACGCCCCAAUCUGGCUUUUCGAUUUGGGUGGUAUUCUUACCAUCACUCCAUUCGCUGACCACUUCAAGAAGUACCGUGCCUUCUUCUUCUGCGGUGCUUGUUUGAUUAUCAUUACUGGUAUGUUGGUCACCACUUUUGCCCACGGUCCCUGGAACAGAUAUGCUGGUCUUUUGAUUGCCGGAUACGGUCUUGGUCCAACUGUGCCAAUUUGUAUGUCCUUGUCUGCUGAGAUUUUCGGUCCAAUCUACGGUGACAGUGGUAUCGCUGUCUCAGCUGCCGUUGUUUCCGGUUUGGGUAAUUUGGGUUCCGUCACUGCCACUUACGCUCUUUACAGAGGAUGGCCAGCCGAUGCAAAGAGAUUGUACAGAGGUUCCAACUUGGUUUUGGUUGGUAUGUUGGGUGGUAGUAUCAUUGCCGCCUUGGUAUGCUACUUCAUCAAAGACAAGGUUGGCAAAACCAUCAAGACCUCAGAGGAGAGCUCGGAAACCUCUCAGAUCUCUGAGGACAUGAAGUAA